CUACGAGCAGGACACAUGUUUUAGAUCUAACUAAACGAGUGAGUAGAACCUCAAAAGCAAACCUAUCUCAUGACCUGAGAAGACAGUUUGAUAUGCCUAGUGGCGUUCCACGGGAGGCGAAAAAGGAAACUCAAAGGAAGACUGACUCUUCUGCAUCCGCUUCUGUGGCCCAGUUGAUCAAGUUUGCAAAUCUGACUGAAGCCGAUGCUUCUGAAGAAGACAAAGUUCAAGCGAUGAUGAUCCAGUCCGUCCACGAAUACGAUCCGAUCCAUUACACGAAGACACCUCCGGGGCCACCUCCACCAUCUUAUACCUGUUUCCGGUGUGGGAAACCUGGCCAUUACAUAAAGAAUUGCCCAACCAAAGGGGAUAAAGACUUUGAUCCGGUUCCCAGAAUGAAAAAGAGCACUGGAAUUCCUAGAAGUUUUAUGAUGGAGGUGAAAGAUCCGAACAUGAAAGGUGCCAUGCUUACCGAUACUGGAAAAUAUGUCAUCCCAACCAUAGAUGCAGAGGCAUAUGCCAGGGGGAAGAAAGAAAAACCACCUUUCCUACCAGCGGAAGAGUCGUCUUCGUCAGAAGUGGAGGACCCUAUCCCAGAUGAAUUGCUAUGUCUAAUCUGCAAAGCCAUAAUGACUGAUGCCGCUGUCAUACCUUGCUGUGGAAACAGUUAUUGUGACGAAUGUAUAAGAACAGCUUUGCUAGAAUCGGAUGGCCAUACAUGCCCAACUUGUCAUCAGAAUGAUGUGUCUCCUGAUGCUUUAAUUGCCAACAAAUGUUUGCGCCGGGCUAUUGAGAACUUCCAAAACAAAACCGGUUAUACCAAAGGGCUUCAAAAGCAAAUAUGCCCACCCCCACCUCCAAGGCCACCGAUUCAGCGGAACCUACUGCCACUGACCAGACCUCCACUUUCAAGACAGCAGGACCCUUUGAAGAUCCCAGUGACAUCUGCAUCUACUCAUGCUGCUACUGCUUCUGGAUCAUCAUCCAUGAGUCCUAAUAAAUCCUCUGCUGCACCUAUAAAGAAACCUUCUACUCCGGCACCAGUUGCCGAUGGAACUGCCACAGUGUCCAUAUCUGUCCAAGCAGAAAAACCAGAUGGGCCUUCCCGUGAUCCUGAUGACAAACUGAGACCUGCUGCAGCUUUGGUAUCAGAUCAUCCUCAAGCUUCUUCAUCAACAGCAAUUAGUGCACUAAGGGAAGAAAAGGGCUCUCGGGGACCUCUGCUUGGAACGCCUUCUGGGAUCGGGCAGUCCCUUUUGCAUGGACAGUUGAUGCCUACAACGGGUCCAGCAAGAAUAAAUGCUGCUCUUGUUGCUCCUGCUCCUGCUGCUGCUGCUGCUGCUGCUGCUCCUGCUGCUGCUGCUGCUGCUCCUGCUCCUGCUGCUGCUGCUGCUGCUGCUGGUAGACCUGUUUGGGAACCAAGCAUCAAUGGAGGGCAACACCUUGGUGAACAUUCCCAGAGGACUCAUGGCCCAUCACUACCAGGAACACCUGUCCCACCGCCUCCUUUGUAUCCACCACCGCCCCACACACUUCCUCUCCCUCCAGGUGUUCCACCACCUCAGUUCCCUCCUCAAUUUCCACCCGGGCCACCACCACCUGCUGGCUACAGAGUCCCUCCUCCAGGUUUCCCUCCAGCCCCUACAACUUUAUCAGCACCUUGGGUAUCCACAGCAGUACAAACCGCUCCUCCGAAUACCAUCCGGACAAUACAAGCUCUCCCCUUAUCCAGGGAAGAGUUCUACAGAGUGCAAAGAAGACUAAGAGAGGAGGAGAAGAGAAAGUCCAAACGAGAUUUUGCUAAGAAAUUCACGGACUACGAAAAGAUUCCAAAGGAGCGUCGACGCGCCUUUUCAAGAUCUAAAUCGCCACAUAGUGGCUCCUCUCGCUCAAGAAGUUCAUAUACCUAUUCUAAAUCGAGAUGUGGUUCCUCACGUUGCCCUUCCCAUUCUCGAUCCUUUAGUCCUUCACACUGUCCAUACCCCAGAAGAGGCAGAGGCAAAAGUCGAGAUCGGCGUUCAAGAUCCAGGUCUCAUGGUUAUCACCGCGCCAGAUCGAGGUCGCCCCCACGUAGGCGAUAUCAUUCACGACCAAGAUCCCCUCCAGUGUUUAGGGGGCAGUCUCCUAACAAACGGAAUAUACCUCAAGGACAAACAGGUCACCGCAGUCCCAACAGAGGUGGCAAUUACCCGGAAAAGCUCUCAGCGAGACAUGGUCACACCAUGAAGGACAUUGCCACGUCAAAAGAGAAGGACCGUGAAAAUCCACCAGGAGAUGGAAAGGGAAGCAAACAGGACAAACACGGGAAGAGGAGACAGGGGGAGGAAAAUGAAGGCUUUCCUAACACAGAGUUGCUACAGCGCUCUAAAAAACGAAGGAAGUGUUAAUUCCCUUCUCACAAUCUGAAGUCUUCACCUGUGAAAUGAGCUGGAAAAGGCCAAAGCAAAUCAUGCACUACCUUUGCCAAGAAAACCCCAAAUGCAGUCAAAAGAGCUGGGCACAACUGAAAUAACCAAACAACAACAAUUCUACACCGUGACUCACUUCAGCAAUUGUAAAGAAGAGAAGGGUCCUUUCUAUUGAACAGAAGAUACUCCAUUAAGAAAUAUAAAUGUAACCAUUUGCACUUUAGGCAUCAAAGGACGUGAGGGUUUGUUGCUAGCCAUCGAUUAUCACGAACAAGCAGGACCAGUAGCAGGGCACUAACAAGUUUAGCAUUCGGUGUCGGAGCAAAAUCUAUUGGGCCUCAACUGAGAGAAAGGAGGUAGGAGUUGCAAUCAUGAAAUCUGAGAAAGCCAAAGUAAAAACGGAUAUGAUUAAAAGGGAUAGUGAAGGUAACUACAUCCUGAUAAAAGGCAGUGUCGACAAUGAGGAAAUAUCAGUAAUCAACAUGUAUGCACCAAAUGGUAGAGCAUCCACAUUUCUAAAGAAGAAACUAGUGGAGUUAAAGGAGGAAAUAGAUAAGUAAGCUAUACUAGUGGGAGAUCUGAAUUUACCACUAUCAGAUCUAGAUAAAUCAAAUUGAAAAAAAAAAACUAAAUGAGAAAGAGGUGAGAGACGUGAAUGAAAUCUUAGAAAAAUGAGAGUCAAUAGGUAAACGGAGAGAAAUAUAUAGGGACAAAAAGGAAGACCCCUUCUUUUCAGCAGCACAUGGUACAUUCACAAAGAUUGACCACGUACUAGGGCAUAAAAACAUGGCAAAACAGUUCAGAAAAGCAGAAAUAAUAACUGCAACCUUUUCAGAUCAUAAUGCAAUAAAAAGAAUAAUCAGUAAUGGUACAUGG